CCUUGUGCCUCUCUUCCUAUCCUAUCUCUGUGUCAGCUCGGCUCAGGCAGCCUCUCAGUAGUUUAGCAGGCUAGUACGGAGAGACGAGGGCUGCUCCCUUUCGCCUCUGCUCAGUAGUCUGCCCAGCACACCAUACAUUCCGCACCAUGGCUGCCAUGGACGUUGACGUAUUUUCGAAUGAAGAGAAGCGUAACCUGAGUUUGGGCGGACAUGUUGGAUUUGACAGCCUCCCUGACCAACUGGUCAGUAAAUCGGUCACACAGGGAUUUUGUUUUAACAUUCUCUGUGUAGGGGAGACUGGUAUCGGCAAGUCGACGUUAAUGAACACGCUCUUCAACACCAUGUUUGAGAACGAAGAGGCGAGCCAUUAUCAGAAUGGCGUGUAUCUGCGGCCGCGAACAUACGACCUGCAAGAAAGCAACGUCCACCUCAAACUGACGAUUGUUGACACUGUUGGCUUCGGCGAUCAGAUCAACAAAGAGGACAGUUACAAGCCCAUCGUCGACUACAUCGACACUCAGUUUGAAAACUAUCUCCAGGAAGAACUGAAGAUCAAACGCUCGCUGUUUAACUACCACGACACCAGGAUCCACAUCUGCCUUUAUUUCAUUGCCCCGACAGGACACUCCCUCAAGUCCCUGGACCUCGUCACUAUGAAAAAACUGGACAGCAAGGUCAACAUAAUUCCCAUCAUUGCCAAAGCGGACACAAUCUCCAAGAGUGAGCUGCAUAAAUUCAAAAUCAAGAUAAUGAGUGAGCUGGUGAGCAACGGUGUCCAGAUAUAUCAGUUCCCAACAGACGACGAAGCCGUCAGUGAGAUCAAUGCCUCCAUGAAUGCCCAUCUGCCUUUUGCUGUUGUUGGGAGCGUGGAAGAGGUCAAAGUGGGGAACAAAACUGUAAGGGCAAGACAGUACCCGUGGGGUGUCGUGCAAGUUGAGAAUGAGAGCCACUGCGACUUUGUAAAACUCCGAGAGAUGCUGAUCAGGGUCAACAUGGAGGAUCUGAGGGAGCAGACCCACGCCCGCCAUUACGAGCUGUACCGACGCUGUAAGCUGGAGGAGAUGGGCUUCAAAGAUACAGACCCCGACAGCCAGCCAUUCAGUCUUCAAGAGACAUAUGAGGCAAAGAGGAAAGAGUUUUUGGGGGACCUGCAGCGGAAAGAGGAAGAAAUGCGACAAAUGUUCGUCAACAAAGUAAAAGAGACGGAAUCAGAACUGAAGGAAAAGGAGAGAGAGCUGCAUGACAAGUUUGAGCAGCUGAAGCGGAUGCACCAGGAGGAGAAGAGGAAGGUGGAGGAGAAGCGCAGAGACCUGGAGGAGGAGAUGAACGCCUUCAACAGGAAGAAGGUGGCGGCCGAGACACUCUCCUUAUCUCAGCCCCUCAAGAAGGACAAGGACAAGAAAAAUUAAUUUAUGGGCGCUGCACACCCUCCCACACACGACCAUGGAUUUGUCCUCCAUCGCCAUAGCAACGACAACACCUGUUUAUUUUGAUUGUUUGUUUGUUCUUUUGUUUUGACAUUCCAUCUUGACAUUGUGCACAUGGACCAAAGACACUGAGGAUGCUCAUGAUGAAGCACCAGGGGAGAAAAGAGUGAAAGAUGGUGAGAGAUUAUGAGGAAAAAAUGUUCACUUGCCAAACAGUGGCCAUCUCAUUUAUUCAGGAUCAUUCAUUCUAUGCUUUUUUUGGACACUUUUUUAUAUAUAUAUAUAUGCAAUUAGUUUUUUCUAUGUUGUGAUUUAAUGUUUUUUGUUUUGUUUGUGUUUUUCCAUCAACUAUUCACACAGAAACGAGAAGUUCAAACCUUUUGGUACUACAGUGUAACACAGUGGGCAAGUCAUUUGAAACUGUUCAUUAUGUAUUUAAAGAAUUUAGGGGGUGACCAAUUACUAAUUGAAGAUAUCCGUGGAAUCAAAUCUUUCCUAAAGCUUUUUUUAAAAUACCUGAGCUGUUUGAAAUGUUGUCCAGCUGUAGUGUGCCUGUUAACCUUUUUGUAAUAUUGACCAUUUAGUACAUUUCACAGUAGAAUAAUUUCCAGAGCCCAAAUAAUACAUUUAAAUAUAGCAUUAUAUCAUGCAAUAAAACUGAGUACCUGUAUACUGUAUAUAUUACUGCAUAUACAUAGGUACUGACAACCUAAAGCUUAGUCUUAACUCUUAAUAAAAAUGUAUGCAAUA